UAGAAACAGGAGCGGCGGCACAGAGAGAAGAGAUAAGCGAGUGGGAGCGAGCGAGCGAUGAUCCGCCGCUUCUCCCCCCUCACCGCCAUGCCGUCCUCCUCCUCUUCCUCCUCCUCCUCCUCCCCCUCUCCCAGACCCAAGCGAAACCCAAACCCUAACACUAAUUUUUCAAACCCUAAGUCCGGUUCCCUUCCGCCGUGCAAGCACUCGCCGGCGGCGACCCUCGACCUGCUCAUACUCGUCCUUGUCCUCUUCUCUUGCGCCUUUCUCAUCAUCUCUUCCCUCGCCCACCUCGUCCGCGCCCUCUCUACCCUCCUCCCCCCACUCCUCCGCCCCCUUGCCGCCUCGUUCCACGCUGCCCCCCUCCCCUACCUCGCCGCCAUCGUCCUCCUCCUCCUCAUCGCCACCGCCGUCGCCGCGGCCGAGCUAUCCGGCGCCGCCUGGCCCUGGGACUGGCCCUGCUGGCGCCGCCGCCGCUGUGGCAAACCCCGCUGCCGCGGCCUCCGCAAGGCCCUCGAGUUCGACGUCCAGCUCCAGACUGAGGAUGGCCUCCGCUCGCCACCCGACGCCGCCGCCGCCGCCAUGUGGAAGGAGAUCGACGGCCUUCCCUGGAAGGGAGGCCAGCAGGGGAACAACCCUGACUACGAGUGCCUCCGCGCCGAGCUCCGCCGGAUGGCGCCCCCCAACGGCCGAGCCGUGCUGCUCUUCCGCUCCCAAUGCGGGUGCCCCGUCGCCAAGCUCGAGGGUUGGGGCCCCAAGCGGAGCCGCCGCCAGAAAAAGGGCAUGGCAAACUUGGCACUUGAGAGAGGAAGGUGAUGGCUGUAGGGGUCUUACCUGUUAGUUCAAUCUGCUUCUAUUUCUAAAGGACUUAAUUAUGUUGGAUAUUACUCCACAAAAACUUAUGUUACAAAUUGAUGAUGGUUAAAAAGAAGGGAAAAAUAAAAAAGAAUGAUGAAAAUAGUCCAGAUAGUGGUUCCCACCAUCUAGAAGUAUGCCUCUCAUAUCGCAAAUUCUUGCUCCUUGUAGUUAUGGAGACGAGUUAAAGGAGGGGCAGCUGAUGCACAAUAAAUUUAGAAAAGCUGGAAAACAUAACGUUAUUUUCUUUCCAAUAGCAUAAUUUUUUGUCUUUAUUUGUCACUGCCAAAAUAA